GCCUUCUGUGUUUGGUGAACACAUCAAUACACACCGUCAAGAAAGAGUGAUAUUCUCAGAUGUAUCCAAACAUCCGACCACAAAGAAAAUGAGUUUAACAGCAUGAAAACUAGAUCGAUGGCCUUGUUUCUGUAUAAAGCUAGCUAGCUCCAUCAUCUACUUUAUAAAUAUCCAUCUCUUGCUGCAUCUCUCCUAUUUCCAGCAUCGAUUUGUGUAGGAAAGACAGCAAAGCGAGAAGCUCUUGCAACCAUGGCAUUCCCGAAUCAGUCGGCGGAGGCCUCUCCCCAGAGAAAAAUGGGUCGGGGAAAGAUCGAGAUCAAACGGAUCGAAAACACGACCAAUCGUCAAGUCACUUUCUGCAAGCGCCGAAAUGGCUUGCUCAAGAAGGCCUAUGAAUUGUCAGUUCUCUGUGAUGCUGAGGUUGCUCUCAUCGUCUUCUCAAACCGCGGCCGCCUUUACGAAUAUGCCAACAACAGUGUCAAAGAAACAAUUCAGAGGUACAAGAAGGCAUGCUCAGACUCCUCCAAUACUGGGUCAGUUUCUGAACUGAAUGCUCAGUACUAUCAGCAAGAAGCUGCCAAAUUGCGUGUGCAAAUCGGAAAUUUGCAGAAUUCAAACAGGCACAUGCGAGGCGAGUCUCUCAGCUCUUUAAAUCUAAGGGAGCUCAAGAACCUGGAGACUCGGCUGGAGAGAGGCAUUAGCAGGAUUCGAUCCAAAAAGAAUGAGCUGUUAUUUGCAGAAAUCGAACUUAUGCAAAAGAGGGAAAUUGAUUUGCAUAACAAUAACCAGUACCUUCGAGCUAAGAUAGCAGAGAGUGAGAGAGUGCAGCAGCAGAUGACCUUGAUGCCAGCGGGAGGGUCUGACUAUGAGCUGAUGCCACCCCAGCCAUUUGAUGCUCGAAACUAUCUUCAAGUCAAUGAGCUGCAAAUCAAUCAUCAGUACUCUCGCCCAGACCAAACAGUCCUUCAGCUAGUUUAAUUCAUUUGCUGAUGGAGUUUUCUGCUGUUCCCUCCCGGUGAUCUUGGAUUAAGCAGAUGAAAUCCCCGCUUUCUUUGGAAAUACUAUAUAUAUGUGAACCGGAGAUUGACUUGUUGAAGCUUUUGUACUCCCUCAUAAUGUUCUGGCUUCAUUGAUAUAUGGUCAAGGACUCCUGUUUGUAUUGUUCAAGAACUUAUUUUGCUUUUGCAAUGUGAUACUUGACCUUAUACAGCUUCCAGUUAAACGAUAAAUUGUUGCCGUCGAACUAUGUUUCUUGAGCUAUGCUCUAAUCAUAGUUAUGCUUACUAUA